AUGUCUGACGGGGACUCAGGAGGAUCCAGACUGGCGUCGGUGGACUUUGAGAUCUUCGGUCACGUUCAGGGAGUCUGUUUCAGAAUGUACACAGAGAAGCAGGGUCUCCAGCUGGGUCUGGUGGGCUGGGUGAAGAACACGUAUGGCGGGACGGUGGUGGGUCAGGUUCAGGGUCCUGCUGCCAUGGUGGAGGAGAUGAAGGUUUGGCUGAGUAAAGAAGGAAGUCCGUCCAGCCGGAUCACCAGAGCCUCCUUCACCAACCAGAGGAGCAUCGACAAGCUGGAGCUGUCCGGGUUCAAGACUCGAUUCUGACCCGCUCUAGUCUACUCUAGUCUACUCUAGUCUACUCUAGUCGACUCUAGUCUACUGUAGUUGACUCUAGUCGACUCUAGUCUACUCUAGUCUACUCUAGUCUACUCUAGUCGACUCUAGUCGACUCUAGUCUACUCUUCUAGUCGACUCUAGUCUACUCUAGUCAACUCUAGUCUACUCUAGUCGACUCUAGUCAACUCUAGUCUACUCUAGUCAACUCUAGUCGACUCUAGUCUACUCUUCUAGUCGACUCUAGUCUACUCUAGUCAACUCUAGUCUACUCUAGUCGACUCUAGUCAACUCUAG